AUAAUAUAGAGACGAGCAACAAAGCCAUGUCCACAAACACAAAUACGGACAUAACAUAAUAAUAAUGUGUGGAUCUAAACUCCAACUUGGCUCCUCUUCUCUCAACUCUCUCGCUCCUUCCAAUUCCAAAUCCCAACCAAGAGAUGUUCGCGGAACAAUUUAAAGGUCAUCAUAUUACAUUAUCACUCAUACUAAACUUUCACUUCCCCAACCAAACCGGAUCUAUUAUCCGUACUUCUCUAUUCUCUUCCCUCAAAAAAACCAACAACACAAACCAAACAUGUCUCUAACCAUUAAACUUCCCGUUUUUUCUUCCCAUCACCAUAAUCUCAACAAUCUCAAAUUCAACAAAACUAAGCUUGCCCUUUACAACGCCAAAUUCAAUAAACCAAAACCCACGAACCCGUUGGUUUCUUCUAUCCUCUACGCCAAGCCCACAAUGUACUCGCUUUCCCACCCGGCUAAUCAGAUCAGGAGCUCCCUGAUCGACCCCGACGGUGGGUCCCUCGUGGAUCUCGUGGUGCCAGAGAGCGAGCGGGCGAAGAGAGUAUUGGAAGCGGAGGCUCUGCCGAAGGUGAAGCUGACGAAGAUUGAUGUGGAGUGGGUCCACGUCAUCAGCGAGGGGUGGGCCAGCCCCCUCAGGGGGUUCAUGAGGGAGGACGAGUACUUGCAGAGUCUGCACUUCAAUUCCUUGAGGACGAAGAACGAUGGCACGAUCGUAAAUAUGUCGCUUCCCAUUGUGCUCGCCAUCGACGACGAGGACAAGGACCGAAUUGGGCAGUCGAACAAUGUCGCCUUGGUGGGCCCGACUGGAGAUUUGAUUGCUAUUCUUCGCAGCAUUGAAAUAUACAAGCAUAACAAAGAAGAAAGAAUAGCGAGAACUUGGGGGACAACGGCCCCAGGGUUGCCGUAUGUUGAGGAGGUUAUUACUUCUGCUGGAAAUUGGCUUAUUGGUGGAGAUUUGGAAGUGUUACAGCCCAUAAAAUACAAUGACGGCCUCGAUCACUACAGGCUUUCUCCUCAACAACUCCGGAAAGAGUUUGAUAAGCGUCAGGCUGAUGCAGUUUUCGCUUUUCAGUUGAGGAAUCCCGUCCAUAAUGGCCAUGCUUUGUUGAUGAAUGAUACGCGCAGACGGCUUUUAGAGAUGGGCUACAAGAACCCGAUACUAUUGCUUCAUCCUUUGGGAGGUUUCACAAAGGCUGAUGAUGUUCCCCUGGAUGUUCGGAUGGACCAACAUAGCAAGGUCCUGGAAGAUGGAGUUCUUGACCCUGAAACGACCAUUGUGGCUAUAUUCCCGUCGCCAAUGCAUUACGCAGGCCCAACUGAGGUUCAAUGGCAUGCUAAGGCACGGAUAAAUGCCGGCGCAAACUUUUACAUCGUGGGUCGUGAUCCUGCUGGUAUGGGCCACCCAACAGAAAAGAGGGAUUUGUAUGACCCUGAUCAUGGUAAAAAGGUUUUGAGCAUGGCUCCUGGCCUUGAGAAGCUAAAUAUUUUGCCAUUCAGAGUUGCAGCAUACGAUACUGUACAAAAGAAGAUGGCAUUUUUUGAUCCUUCACGUGCUAAAGAUUUCCUCUUCAUCUCCGGAACCAAGAUGCGGAAUUAUGCAAGGACCGGCGAGAACCCGCCCGAUGGUUUCAUGUGCCCCGGAGGAUGGAAGGUCCUCGUCAACUAUUACCAGAGCUUGCAAGCAGAAGAGGCAUCACAACAGGCAGCAGUUUUAUCUGCUUAGUUAAAACUAGAGUUUCUAUUUUAUCAGGAGAGUCUAAAAGUGGUCAACUGAAGCACCAUUUUACGUUUUGCCCCAAGCUAGAUUAUAUGACCGAGCAUGUGCUAGGGUACUACUUUGUUGUUAGGAUUUGAUUUCUAAUUAAACCAGGUCGUAUUUGCUAAUGCUUGUAAAAAAAAAAUAUUGAAUUCUUUUGAUGGUUCAUUUUUGUGACGGGAAUUUAUUUAUGCAAUGAAAUUGAAGUUAAUUCGUAUUU